CUCAUAUUUCAGGGCACUCAAUGCACUUACUGUUGCCAGCACGGAGUAUUUAUACCUUGCCCUGCUAUCAGACUGCAAAGAACAUCGAGUGUCACAUCUCUCUUCAACAGUCUCUUCAACAGUCGGAGUUGCAAAAGCAACUUUUAGAUUAACUGAUGAAUUUGGAAUACAAAGCAUUUUCAACCCAUCAGCGGACGUAAUACAGAAGGUAAAGUACAGAGCCAUAUAAAUAUCUGUAUAGGAUGCAUUGGUAUAAUCGCUGUGUUAAUUUUUUAUGAUCCCAGUCACUUUUCCUACUUAAAUAUGUGUGCAUUUGCUUAAUUUGCAAGAUAUUUUUAUUUUAAUCUUGUGAAAGUCUCAAAUGACACCUAAAGCCAUCUGCGUGCAGAAUGGUUCGAAUUGUCUCAGUCAUGUGACUAUGCUUUUUUUGAAUAUCCUGCUUUUCAAGAGCAGUCUGUUCUGUUUUGUACUGCUUUGUAAUUAAGUAUAAUUGUCUCUGUUCUUUUCUGUCUCUCAGGUACAGUUGAGCUUCUUUUUGCGCUACUCUUGAUACUAGUAUUGGGAUUAUGGCAUCUGUUCCAUCAGCUGGUUGCCUUAUAGCGAAAAAUCAGUUCUACAGAGGUAAGCGUCUAAAUGAUAGAUGCUUGUACUUAACAGAAGUUUUACGAAAGAAACAAAAACUUUUGUUCUGCUUCAGUGAACUGUCAGUCUGUCUAUAAAAGUGAUGGCAGGCUAACCUUAAAACUGCAGAUAUUUAUGCAGUAGAUAUCCCAUAAUCCUCAGCCAGAGCAUCAUGGGAAAUGUAUUUCACAUACAUUUACAGUAUUAUGGAUAGACAAUGCUAGUUUAAGACUCUUGUAAAAAUCCUUUUUGUUUAAUCAAUAAUAUGUUCUUUCUCUGUAGUUCGCCUGAAUUCUGAAUCCAGUAUCUGCUCAAACAGUUCUGACUCAGGACUCACGAUGGAUCAGGAAAAACCUAAUCACGGUAUUGAUUUUAUAUCAGUCUUCCUUUUUCAUCUAUGUUUAAUGUUAUGCUUUCAAGCUGAAACUGUUUAACGUUAACAUAUUCUUCAAACACUUAGUAACUUGGAACAUGAACGAAGUGUUCUUACAUUCCUUAUAUGCUUAUCUUGAUUGUUGGUGAGAGAAAAUCUGAGUUGAUAUUUGAAAUGUAUUUGAUUUUUUUGUUGUUGUUACGUUCCACACCAAUGUUUCCAGAUUCUCAGUAUUUAUUUAUAUUUGAAUGGCUUAUGCUUAUUAGACAUGUGCACUGCAGUUUUUUUCAGUUUGGCAGAAUUUUCCCCCAAACUUGAAAUAUUGUUCUAGACAACCGAUGCUUGUUCAUGUGACAGUUCAGUUUGGCCAAACGACAUUCUUAAAAUUUUUGGAUAAACCAAAAGGGCACAAAAAUGGGUCAGUCAGCAUGUUGCAAAAUAUAUACAUAAUGUAAAUAUGAUAUUUAUGUAUAUAUAUAUAUAUAUAUAUAUAUAUAUAUAAAUGGCAGUACAUAGGUCCAGUAAUAAUAGUAACCAAUAGAGGUAAAAGAGGGAGAGCAGUAACAUUUUUAUUAACAUUAAAUAUAUAAUUUACAAUACAAAACCGUCAGUCAUACAUAGAUACAAGUCUGCACAGUGGCUAAGUUGCAAUGCCGUAAGGACAACUACAACAUUAAAGCCUGUGUAAUGAGAUGUAUCAAAUGUAGGUGUAAUAUAAAUCCGAUAAUUCGCCAUAAAAACAAAACAAAAAAUACACUGUAAAAUACAUAUACAAAAAAUAUGUAAUGUUCACUAAACAGUGAACAGGAUAUAAAUAAAUUUAUGAUAAAACUGCUUGAUAAAAACAGUCUAUCGUGUUUUCGAGCAGUUUUCAUAGUUUUAUAGUUUUAUAUUUUAUAUUACACAUUUGAUACAUCUCAUUACACAGGCUUUAAUGUUGUAGUUGUCCUUAGGGCAUUGCAACUUAGCCGUUGUGCAGACUUGUAUCAAUGUAUGACUGAAGGUUUUUACUGCUUUGAGUUUAUGUGUCUUUUACCUGGUGGUAGUAUUAGAUGUUAUCUUUAUCAUAUAUAUAAGAUUGUUUUACUCAUUCAUUCAUUUCCCUAUAGGAGCGCUCCCACACUAUUAGUUUUUUUACAUAUUACCUGUGUUUACCUGUAGUCACUCUGGUUUAGUGUGUAGCAGCCAAUAGGUGUAUUUCAUAUAAAUAUAGAUGCUGUGUUACCAGUUUAUUUUAUUUUAUACCGUAGACAAACCUGAUCCUAACUUUCUGUAUGAAAAUUAAAAUGAAAUUGGUUUUUCCAGAUCUCUUCCUGUCUAUGAGUUCUGUCUUCUCCUUUUCCGAUCAUUCCUUCCAAUAGAGUCCUUGUUUGGUGAUUCUUCCCUCUUUCUCACUGCUUCUGUAUCUACCACUUUCUGUCUUAAAACAUUACUGCACUGCAUACUGAUCUACUAUAACACCCUUCUGGAGAGUUAUGUGUGGACACAUUUUAAUGGCAGACAGACAGAUAAAAAGGCAGAUAGGCAUGACAAACAGACAGACAUGGAAUAUAAAUGGCUUUAUAUUACCUUUCUUUGGAUUUUAAGAGUGCCUUAAUCUCCAUGGAAACCAAUAGGGUAUUCCUAAUGAUUGCUCCUAAUGAUUGCUCAUGCUUAGAAUGUUGCGUCACCUUUUACAUUUCUUACAAUUUAUGUAGAUUUUUGUUACCUUCCGUUGAUUAACACUGAUCCUUUUGCUUGUUUGUUUAUGUAGAUUUGCCUGAAAUGUUUGAGAAAUUGUGGUGGCUGAAAUCCUUUUUCCAUGUUGAACAUGUUCCAUCAACUUCAGUUAGAAUAAACAUGUCUUCUAACAGGUAAGAUAUUGUUCCUUAAAGGAACAAUUGUUUCCUUAUCCUAAAAAAAUCCCCCAUGCAUUAGAAUUAGCUUUGUAACUGUCAGGCAGGAGCCAAUAUCGAUUUUAGAAAUGGUCAUCACUUUAACUUGUCCCAGGAAAGUUAUCUCUGUAUGCACAUUCUCCAACUGCUAACAAGUGUGUGUUUGUUCGAGCUGGCGUGCGUGUGUGGGAAUGCGAAUUUCAGAGCUUAUAUAAUAAAAUAUAAAUAAAUUACUAUAUCAAGCUAAAAACAAAUACCCAGCAUGAGUAAAAGUGUGAUAAUAUUUUUAACAUGUCUGUAAAGCAAUCUUGAUACAUUUAUUUUCUAUAAAAGCAUUGUGUGUCUGAAUACUCAUAUUUCUUUAUGGGGGGUUUUUCUCUGUGAAAGUGCUUGUGUGUGUAUCUGUGUUUCUCUGUUUGUCUAUAUUUUCAAGUUUUGUAUUCUCCAGAUUAAUUAAUUCAAGUACAUAUUUCAGAACCUUUUGGAAAAUCAUUCCACAGACAAUUUGUAAACACAGUAAUUACAUCUGAAUGGUCUGAACGUAACACUAGCUAUGAUUGCAUAACACUUUCCUUUAUUAAGAACAUUUUAUUUUGUGUCACUCAUUGCUCGUUUAAGUGAUUAUGAGGGGAUUGUAAUAGAAAAAAUACCAACAUUUAAUUUUCAUUUCAAUUUACCACAAUUAAAAACAUACUUGGUAUCUGAUCAAACGUACUUGCUAGGUGUGUAAAAAAUCCCUUAUGCAAAACAGAUGAAUCGUUUCAUUGAAAACAUAAAAAGACAUUUCAUUUAUUGGUUCCAAACAUUCUCAUUAAAAUAUGGAUACCACUGUAAUAAACCAAAUGUCCAUAACCAGAGCCUGCAUUGUAAUUCUUUCUGCACUGUUACCUGUAUCAGUUAUGAGCAGUCUGAACGUGGCUCGAUCUAUGUCAGAUAAAUUCAUAAUAUGUAUAGCAGGGACAAAGCUGUCCUCCGGCUUUACUGUGAAAGAUUUUAAUGAUAUAGCAGCGUGGGCGCAGGUGGUCAAUUUAUUAGAUAAGUCAAAUAGAUUGACCAGGCGGUAUGCAGGUUUAAAUAUUAUUACCUGAUGCACUGUUUUGUUGUCCACCUCUGGUAAAACCAUUAUACAUAUGUAAAGGAGAUUGACUGGACUCUGUUGAAUGCUCCUAAGAAAGGUAGUUAAUGAUUUCUUUUGCAUUUGUAAAUUUAUUUUUAUAUUUGAUGCUUACUUAUUUUUGUGAUUAUUUUUUUAUUUACAGUUGACGAGAACUAGCUACAAAGGAAAAACAUUCUUCAUGAUGCUGCUAAACUGACUAAAGAUCAUCUAUGGUUGCUUCUAUGAAACGAAAAGAGGAUGUGCUGCUUGAACCUUUGCCUACUUUAGCAAGCACAAUGCUAUUGAAAAACAUUCUAAAAUUCUAAUCAGGUGUUCCUUUUUAAAAGGAUAUGUUAAGCACCAUAACCACCACAUCUCAUAGUAAACGCUGUGCAGGGAGGCUAUAGUUGUAGACCCCCUUUUUUUGUUAAACCAUCCCCAAUCGAAUGGUUUUCCAACUCUGGAAACCCAUCCACUCUGCCUCUAUAAUCAUAAUGAGCAAUUAAAUGUUUUCAUUUUCUUUACAAUUUGUUCAUUUUAAGAACACACUGCAUGCUUACACAGUGAAAUGAUGGGCAGCAAGUAUUGGGCUACAACAGGAUCUUGAUGCUAAUUCAAUGCAGUCCUUUCUUCUCAUCUGAAUCCACAUUUAACAAGAGGGUUUACAACAAUUUUGAGGCACAGGAAAUAUGCAGUGACUGGGCAUCUGAAACUUGCAAAAACUUACAGGUCACAUCCUAACAGUGCAAAAAUUAUACAUCAGAGUCAGAGUGUGUACAUUCUAAAUACCAGGUCAUCUUUUGUCAAACUGUUUGAAAAUGGUCGGACAAAAGCCAGAAUAAGCGCAUCCAUAGGAUCUUUAUAAUGUAAUCAUUACAAUAAACUUGGGUGAUUAUAAUGCUUUGAGUGUCCCUUUAAAUAUGCACUUCUAAGUAACAUCCUCUCCAUUCUUUAUAGUAUUUGUGUCACGUAGAAGGGGCUUCUCUUUGGAACUUAAGGAUUUCGACAUUAAGGAGCUUAAUUCUAUUAGAAAUUAUAAGACAAUAUGUCCUUUCACAUGCCGUGCACCCUAUAAAUCAUUACAGGAUCUAUUCACUAAACUGUUUUAGAAAUCGGUGUUCAAAUCAUAGAGCACUAAACAGUUUUUAAGAGAAAAUAGAUCAAAUAGACAGAAAUAUACCCAAAACAGAUGAAAUCUCAACUUUUACUGAACUAAACUUUUUCCAAGCUCUGCUAUAUCAUGUUAUAUUUUUGGGAUUACAUCAUAAACUACUGCAACGCACUGUUUGUAACUUGUCAUGCACACAAUAAUAUCCUGGCAGUAUGUAAAUACAAUCAUCCAAUAAUCUGACUACACUGCUGUGAUAAAGUUCAUCACAUGACAUAAGGCAAAAUAGAAAAUAAUUUGUUUUAUAUUAUCUAAAGCACUUUCAUUAUUUAAAUAGCUGAGGUAUAUGGUCAUAUGUAGUACGCACUAUUUGUGUUUCUCUUGUUUAGCUAAUGUUCAUGUUAAUUAAAGAAGAAUUCAGAUUUAAUCAGAUUUUUCCUUAUAUUUUGUGAGUGUGUUUAUAAUGUCAUUGCACUAACCACAUCCAUAUUUUUGAUGGAUAUUUUAUUGCAACAAUUUUGUACAAAAUUAAAUAUUAUUUCUCUGUUAAGCGAUGCUGAAAGAUGAAAAAAACAAUAAAAAAGUUUUUAUAAUGUAA